CAAAAACCAAAAUGGCGCCCUCACAGUCCCCCGAACCUAUCCCGGACGAGUCUGCCUCUAACCACUCCUCGUCCGACGCAGAGAACGAGUCCGAGUCCUCAUCCGACGAGGGCGGCGUCACCCUCGAUACAAUUCAAAAACAGCAGCGCGCCCCCAAGAGAAGACGUCUCUCGGACUCGUCGACCGACUCCUACAUCGCCGCCGCGCCGCCGGCACCCUUGCCCACGCUCUCCCGCAUCAAGCGCAAGGAGGACGUCGCCAGGGAGGCCGCCACCAAGGCCGCAGCGGACGCGAACCCGGUGCUCAUCAAGGAUGCGCUGGCGGCGGGGCUCGAGGAUGCGCGGUCCUCGUUCACCGACCUGAAGGUGGCGCCGUGGCUGGUGGGCUCGCUGACGACGAUGGCGGUGCGCCGGCCCACGGCGAUCCAGAAGGCGUGUAUCCCCGAGAUCCUGGCGGGGCGGGAUUGUAUCGGAGGCAGUCGCACGGGUUCCGGUAAGACGAUUGCGUUUGCGGUGCCCAUGCUGCAGAAGUGGGCGGAGGAUCCGUUUGGGAUCUUUGGGUUGGUGCUUACGCCGACGAGAGAACUGGCCCUCCAAAUCUACGAGCAAAUCAAAGCCCUCUCCGCGCCGCAGAGCAUGAAACCCCUCCUCAUCACCGGCGGCACCGACAUGCGCUCGCAGGCGCUGGCCCUGUCGCAGCGCCCCCACGUGGUCAUCGCCACCCCCGGCCGGCUGGCGGACCACAUCCACACCUCGGGCGCGGACACCAUCCGCGGCCUGUCGCGGGUCCGCAUGGUCAUCCUGGACGAAGCCGAUCGCCUCCUCUCCCCCGGGCAAGGGUCCAUGCUCCCGGACGUGGAGACCUGCCUCAGCGCGGUGCCAUCGGCCGCCGACCGGCAAACGCUGCUAUUCACCGCAACCCUGACCCCGGAAGUGCGGGCCCUCCAGUCCAUGUCUUCAUCUUCCUCAUCAUCAACGAAACCCCCCAUCUUCGUCACCGAGAUCACCUCCGCCAACAAGUCCACCAUCCCGCCGACCCUCCACCAGACCUACCUCCAAGUCCCGCUGACCCACCGCGAAGCCUUCCUGCAUGUUCUCCUCAGCACCGACGCCAACGCGACCAAACCUGCCAUCAUUUUCACCAACACCACCGCCACCGCCGACCUGCUGGAGCGCAUGCUCCGCCGCCUGGGCCACCGCACCACCUCCCUGCACAGCCGGCUCCCGCAGAGCGAGCGCAACGCCAACCUCGCGCGGUUCCGCGCCGCGGCCGCGCGCAUCCUCGUCGCCACGGACGUCGCCUCCCGUGGAUUGGAUAUCCCCUCGGUCGAGAUGGUGGUCAACUACGACGUGCCCCGGAAUCCGGACGACUAUGUGCAUCGUGUCGGUCGUACGGCGCGUGCGGGCCGCAAGGGUGAGAGUGUCACGCUCGUCGGGCAGAGGGAUGUGGCGCUUGUGCUUGCCAUUGAGGAGCGGGUGGGGAGGAAGAUGGUCGAGUGGGAGGAGGAGGGCGUGAGUGUGGAGACGAGGGUGGUUAGGGACGGGGUGUUGAAGGUGGUCGGCGAGGCGAAGCGCGAGGCUGCCGGCGAGAUGGAUGAGGGAAGGGAUGUGUUGGGGAGGAGGAGGGUGAAGUUGAAGAAGGUGAGGUAG